AUGCGAUAUUCCUUACUAUUCUUCAUCUUUCUGCCUUGUGUGAUAGCUGCUGUUGAUCUCAUACACCUUCAUGAUGGUUCCCCCUUAUUUGGAGAGGAAGUGUUAUCCCCAACAGGAAAACCACUUACUCGGUUUCUAGGUAUCCCAUUUGCAGAACCGCCUAUUGGCAACCUUCGGUUUCGAAAGCCCAAACCCAAACAACCAUGGAGAAUACCAUUCAAUGCGACUACUCCGCCGAACAGCUGUAUCCAAAGUGAAGACACAUAUUUCGGAGACUUCUACGGCUCUACAAUGUGGAAUCCUAAUACAAAACUUUCGGAAGAUUGUCUGUAUUUGAAUGUCUAUGUGCCAGGAAAAGUCGAUCCGAAUAAAAAGUUGGCUGUCAUGAUUUGGGUGUAUGGCGGUGGAUUCUGGUCGGGAACAUCUACAUUGGAUGUCUACGAUGGACGAAUCCUGACAGUAGAAGAGAACGUGAUUCUCGUAGCUAUGAAUUACCGUGUCUCCAUCUUCGGUUUUCUCUAUAUGAACCGAUCUGAGGCGCCUGGCAACAUGGGAAUGUGGGACCAACUGCUUGCCAUGAAAUGGGUUCACAAAAACAUCGACCUAUUCGGAGGGGAUACCAGCCGGAUAACACUAUUCGGAGAAUCUGCUGGUGCUGCAUCAGUUAGUAUCCAUAUGCUGAGUCAGAAAAGUGCUCCUUACUUUCAUCGGGCAAUUAUUCAAUCUGGUUCUGCUACAUCUCCAUGGGCCAUCGAACCGAGAGAUGUUGCACUUGCCAGAGCUGUGAUUCUCUACAAUGCAAUGAAAUGUGGUAACAUGUCUCUGAUUAGCCCAGAUUAUGAUCGAAUUCUGGAUUGCUUUCAAAGAGCGGAUGCGGAUGCGUUGAGAGAAAAUGAGUGGGCUCCUGUUCGUGAGUUUGGAGACUUUCCAUGGGUUCCGGUAGUAGAUGGAGACUUUCUUUUGGAGAAUGCCCAAACAUCAUUGAAACAAGGAAACUUCAAGAAAACUCAACUUUUGGCAGGAAGUAAUAGAGACGAAAGCAUAUACUUUCUGACCUACCAGCUGCCAGACAUCUUUCCUGUUGCUGAUUUUUUCUCAAAGUCAGAGUUCAUCAAAGACAGACAAAUGUGGAUUAAAGGAGUCAAGGACUUGUUGCCUCGUCAGAUCUUGAAGUGUCAACUGACACUUGCAGCAGUACUUCAUGAGUAUGAGCCUCAAGACUUACCAGUGACUGCUCAAAACUGGCUGAAUGCAAUGGACAAAAUGCUUGGAGAUUAUCAUUUUACAUGCAGUGUGAAUGAAAUGGCACUGGCACAUACCAAACAUGGAGGUGACACGUAUUACUAUUAUUUCACUCACAGAGCCACUCAACAGACCUGGCCGGAAUGGAUGGGAGUUCUGCAUGGUUAUGAAAUAAACUUCAUUUUCGGAGAGCCAUUCAAUCAGAAAAGGUUUAACUACACUGAUGAAGAACGAGAAUUGAGUAAUCGCUUUAUGAGAUACUGGGCUAACUUUGCCAAGACAGGAGACCCAAAUAAAAACGAAGAUGGGUCAUUCACUCAGGACAUCUGGCCAAAGUACAAUUCUGUGUCAAUGGAAUACAUGAAUAUGACAGUAGAAGCAUCAUACCCAAGUCCGAACCGGAUAGGACAUGGUCCGAGAAGGAAGGAGUGCGCAUUUUGGAAAGCUUACUUGCCAAAUCUAAUGGCUGCAGUUGCUGACGUCGGGGAUCCUUACCUGGUAUGGAAACAACAAAUGGAUAAAUGGCAGAACGAAUACAUUACCGAUUGGCAAUAUCAUUUUGAACAGUAUAAAAGAUACCAAACGUAUAGGCAAUCUGAUAGCGAAACUUGUGGUGGAUAA